ACCUUUAUUUUUGAAUUCAAAAGAAACAAUUGUCCACCAGGGGGUAGAGUUGUUGGACAUCCCAUGGGAGCAAUGCUAAUUAGAUCUUCCCCAAAACAAAACAUCUGCAAUGUGUGCAGUAUUACCGUUACCUUUCCACGUUAUGCGGUACACGAAAAACACAACAUAAACAAAACUGGGAAAAGGCACAAACCUGUGUGGUCUACAGCGCUGACGUUUGUCCUGUUUGAUGCGUUUGAUGCGAUGCGCUUUUUCCGCUCCCUAUCCGCCUGUUACGCACUUUCCGCGCAUGUGCCUGGCUGUUGGGAGGAAAAUUCGCUCUCCCAUCCACACACACACACACACACACGCUUCGCGUACACCCCAACAUUUGAUUGUGUGUGUGUGUGUGUGUGUGUGUUUGCCAUGUUGCAAACCAUUCGCUGGCAAUCAACCAUUUCCUGCUGGUGCGUGAGCUGUUCCUUAGUGCCAAAGGUGGUCCAAACGGGAGGGUCCCUUCGAAAGAUUUAUCGCUUGCUUGCGCGUCCCAGAGCAGAUAGUGACGCUUGCGGGCACCGUGGAAAGCUUAUCGCUGAAGCAGCAGCUGCAACAACAUCGGAUCAGUUGGAUGAACUUGUGAGUGCAUUGUGUGUGUGUGUGUGGCUGUGUUAAUUAGCGAGACGUUUUGCGCACGGUGUUUGGACUAAACAAUGCCUGGCAAGGUGAAGCACUACUGAGGAUUAGCAAAAGACCAGACCAGACGACACAGCAGCUUGGAUGGAUGGUGUAACAACGCCCGGCGUUGCUAUCUGCUGGUGGAGGUGGUCGUAUACCACCGAGCGAGCAAGCGUGUUGCUCGUCACUGAACAGUACUGAGGGGUUUUUUUGUUGUUUUUGUGGAAAGAAGACUGCCGAAUAGCCGAAAGUGUUCCUAACAUGACGGCACACGAAUCGUACGGCUUCAUCGGGACGUGGGAGAUUGUGGAGUCCCACCUGGAAGGCACUACGGAGAAGCUUGGACUAGAAGGCAUCAAGUUCCGGCUGGACGAGAUGGGGGACAUCAUCUGGUACAACGAUCUGAUCAACACGAACGGCGGCGCACGGGACGGUCCGCUCGGGAGUCCGCGGCUCAGCAGCCUGAACGGGGCGAGCUUCUGCCCGAUCAACGACUCGGCCGCCGUCCUGUUCAGCUGCGAAACGUUCGAGGUGGUGGAGCUAUCGUCGAACGGGCCGGGCCUCAUCUUUGGCGCGUACACCGGGCACAGCAUCGAGUUCCGCACCAACCACUACAACCCGGGCGAGCAGAUGUCGCUGCGGUGCGACUGCUGGUGCGAGCUGCACUGUCAGCGCGUCAAGGAGGACCAGUCGGUCGGGCAGGAGGAACCGUUCACGCUCAUCUCCGUGCUGGACGAUGGCAACUUCUGUGAUGUGACUCUCAAGAGUUGUGAUAAUGCAAUCUACAAUGUGCACUCGCCGAUCCUGCGCCUGAACGGGUUCGACUGCAGCAGCAUGACGGCGGCCUCCACCUACCAGCAUCUGGCGAGCCGGUUCGAGUGUGCCGAGGCGCAGGCCCAGCAGCAGCAGGUCGUCUCCGCUGCCACCAGCACCACCGCCGCCCAUCCGCCGCUGAUGAAGGUUUCCUCGGUGCCGUGCGCCCGUGCCGUGCGCGCCUCCAGCACCACCACCGGUCCCAGCUACGGUCGCGGCUCACCCGCCAUGAUGUGCAGCGUGAGUGCGAGCGCCACACCUUCCCUACACCCGGCCGCUCCACUCCUAAAUCCCAACUUCCUACUCCCACCAGCCUCGCUCGACUCGUACAGCCUCUCCCCCAAGCUGGUGGCGGCACACAUAUCCAACUCGUUCAACUGUCUAAUGCCGACGGACGGUGCCGCCGGUUCCAUCUUUCUCGACGUGCCAAAGCGGGCGGCCCACAGCCACCAUCACCAUCACCAUCACCACCAUCACCACCAGACGGCGUCGUCCUGCUCCGACUCGAACCUGCACCUGGACCGGAACGUGUUCUUCUUCCCGGACGCGGUACCGGCCGGCACCUGCCGGGUGAAGUUUAAGCCACCGUCGUCGCCGUUCCGCGCCCGCAGCCCGUCCCCGUUCCCGGUGGCAACGCUCGAUACGCCACCGUCCUCGCCGCUCACGCCCCUCUCGGUGCUGAACAACAUCCCGGCGAAGAUGCUGGCCACCAUCCUGCACUGGCUGUACUGCGAGUGUCUGCCCGAGCAGCUGGACGAGGACACCUGCAUCCAGCUGAUCAACAUGUGCGAAAGCACCACGCCGCUGAGCCGGAUGAGCGAACCGUGCAAGAAUUAUCUGCGCAACAUCCAGCUGAAAAAGUUUGUGAUCGACAUCAUCAACGACCUGCACGACAGCCUGAACAACAUGAUCCAGAUGGUCAACCCGAGCACGAUCUCGCACAGCCCGUGCGUCCUUUGCCAGGUGUUCAAGGAGGGCGUGAAGGAGUGUCUAACCGCGUUCGUGAAGCUGCUCCAGUUCUGCAACAUCUUCACCAAGGACGCGACCACCUUCACCCGGCAGCAGCGGCACGAAAUCAUCAAGUACGUGCGCACCCGCAUGCCGAUCUAUCUGUCGCAGGUGCACCAGCUGCUGCAGAACGUGCACCUGGUGCUCGGCAGCCUCUCGCCGGACGAUCGGAACGAUCUCGUCUCCUACCUGGUGCCGGAAAUUACGGCCGCUCUCGAGGUGCUGACGGCGGCCGUGUCCGAGAUCAAACGUUCACUCGAAGCCGUCUGCAAGGAUCUGAAGAGCAGCCAGCAGGAGCAGCAGCAGCAGCAGAAGCUGCACGAGAGCACCGUACAUGCGGGGAGCACCCAGCAGCAGCAGCAGCAGCAGCCCGCCCGAAGCAGCACGACCGGCAACAGCCGGGCCGGCGAACGGACCCACCUUAAUCGGAGCCACCACGCACGGAGCAGUAGCAGCAGCAGCAGUGGUGGCGGCGGCGGCGGUACCAGCAGUACGUCCGUACCGUCCCGGCUCGGCCACAGCCCGUCCGAGUCCGAUCUGAAGUUCUUCCUGUACAUGUACGAGGUGAAAAAGAUGCGUGAUAUUUACGGGCGCGUGACGAACGCGCUCGAGGUGCUGCUGCACAAGAAGGGCACGUUCAACGAGAUGAACCUGCUGCACCAGCACCAGACGGUCCGGCGCAACCUGGAGCAGCUGGCGCUGGAGGUGCCGGCCGCGAUCGGCCAGCUCGAGGAGCUGUGCGACACGAUCGACGAGAAGAUUGGCUGGAAGGAGUUUAAGUUUUGCUUCAAGUUUCUCACCAGCCAGGUGAACGGCAUCGUGUCGAAGCUGCUGGAGCACAAGGCCGCCCUGAACGACGCAAUGUUUUACAUCUCGACGCUGGUGCAGAAGGAACAGUUCACCUGUGCGCUGGUCGAGCUCGGCCUGCUGGACAAGCGGAGCGUCGAGCCGGCCCUGCUGCACGAGUGUGCCGCCCGGCGCAGUGCGGUACGGUCGAGCGGGCAGCGGCAGCUCGAGUACGCCACCGUCAAGAUGAACCUGGUGCAGAACCUGUGCGAGUCGCCGACCGCGUCCCACAGCAGCCUGUCGAAGAAUGCGCUCAAGCUGCUGCACUCGGGCCAGCUGGCGGACAUGGAGUUUGAGGUGAUCGUGCCGCACCCGGAGCAGCCGGGCAGCGAGGGCAGCGGUAUCGUCGCGCUCGGGCCGCCGACCUGCUGCGCCGAUCUCAGCCCGGACGAGGCGUUACUGCUGAACGGGGGCGGCAGCAAGGGUGCCAGCAUCGAAGCACCCGGCAGCAGCGGCAGCAGCAGCAGCAACAGCAGCAGCAACAGCACCACCACCACCACCAGCAGCAGCAAGGGCGGCCGGGGCACCCAAUCGCACUGCUUCAAGGCGCACCGCGUGAUAGUGGCGGCCCGGUGCGAGUGGUUCAAGAAGGCGCUGCUGUCCGGCAUGCAGGAGGACAUCAAUCGCAAGAUUAUCAUCUACGACACCUCGCCGGUGAUCUUCCGCCGGCUGCUGCUGUACCUGUACGGGGCGCCGGUCGACCGGUCCGUCGGGGUCGACCAGCUCUGCGAGCUGAUGCUGCUCGCCGACCGCUACUCGGUCGACAAUCUGAAGGCGAUCUGCGAGCAAACGCUCGUGUCCUCGAUCGACGGCGACUCCGUCAUCUGUCUGUACGGCAUCUCGGACCGGUUCAAUGCGACCGCGCUCAAGGCCCGCUGCCUGUCCUACCUGUCGCAGCACACCGAGCUGACGCAGCUGGACAUCUUCCAGGAGCUGCCGGUCUAUCUGCAGAACGAGGUGCAGGAGCUGAUACGGUGGUGCGGGCGGGCCCCGGAACCGUGGUGCGAUCGGGAGCGAUCCCGCUCCGAUCGGGGCUCCGGCCACAGCCUGAAGAGCCCGUCGAAGGCGGCGAAAUCGUCACGGUCGCGCAAAACGUCACCCUCCUUCAUGUGACCGUGAUGACGCCCGCCCCUACACCGCUACUCGUUGAACGCUGUGACUGUUGAUCAUCUGCCCGCAGGGCCAGGUGUUUGAUGGGUUAUAUACAUAUAUUCUAGUGAACACAACACAACAACACAAACAAGCAAGCAAGCAAAAAAAAAGAAAAACUCCGCAGUGAUCAAAAAAAAAAAAAAAAAGGCGAUAACAAAUCCCCAAAACACACAACACAUUCAUACAUGUAGUGUAUACUUCAAGGGGACUUCACCUGUACGAGCGGCUCUAGCUGGGCUCACUCUAUAGGGGAGGAGGGGGGGGGGGGGGGAGGGCUGUAGGUAGUGAUUUAAAAAUUAGAACCAAAACCCUUUAGGACCUGCAGGCACCUGGGGAUUGAGCGUGAGGACUGACACGGACGUGAUAGCUUCAGUACGGCUUGCGGAUGGGUCCGUAAGGUGCUUUGGAGACUGUUUGGAGACUUUGCGGGAGCACUCACGACGUGCCGAAGGAGCACGUGCCGCUGUGAAGGAACUCUUUCUGGAAGGAUCGUUUUCGGCAUGAUCGAUACCGCUUACACUGCAAAUCGUUUCGUUUAACUGGUGCUAAAUGGAUUACGCAACCUGCUAGCAGUCAAAUGCAGAUAUGUAUAGGUGCGUGUGUGUGUGUGUGUGUGUGUGUGUGUGUGUAAGUGUGAUUGUGCGUGUAUAAUGUGGGGUACGGUACGGCAAGUAAGCAAGGGAGGGAAAGAAGGAAAUGAAGACGCAGUGCACUACCGUUCGAUUGCUCGAUGGAUUGGUUUUUCAUUGCUGCCAUUGUACAUCUUUCGGUCAUUUUUUAACCUUUUUUCUCCAUUCUCGCUGUAUGAUUGCAGAUAAUUGUUACUUACCGACAGUCAGAGACUCUCCUCUCUCCCUCACAGAAAGAGUUAGCAAGAAGUUGGAAGCAUUUUGUUUAGCGUAUUGCCUACUUUAGGGCGGCUGAUGUUCAUUGCGCCUGAAAGUAUGCACACUCCGGUACAGUAAAGUGAUCCCAUUGCCGAUGGUCAGUACACCGGUAGUAGUUCAGGUCGGAAGGUCGGAACUGAACUGAAGCCCUGCAGUGUCUCGGAGCUGCUCUAGCUCGGACAAACUGCAAUGCAAUGGUCUUGCGGUGCGCGGUGCUAUAUAACAGUAGUUUUGAUCAGUUUAAUGUUCCCGGCCCCAUCCCCCCCCUCCAAUUACAGGGUGGGCGCGAGUGGAGUGUAAGAGUGUGUGUGAGUGUGCGCGUGUAUGUGUGUAUGUUGCCUGUUUAAUACAGUUUCCUCUAGCUGUCUUGUUCGAAUGUCUAACGUAUAAAAUCAAACAAACAAACAAAAACCCCGUAUUGGGCUGCCGUCUCCUAUACCCAGUGUGUGUCCUGGCGGUUUUGUGUGUGUUUUUAUUUAAAGUUUUUUUUUACUACAGAUGCGAUGCGGUUUAUUCUCCUCAUUAAACUGAAUACGAGUGGCUCAAUGAUGUAAUAAUGAUGGCCGCUAAUUGCGGCCCUCGGGAGCGUAAGGAAUGUGUGGUACGGCGAUGGCUGCAAGUAAGGAAUCAACAACUCACGAAUGAUCGAGCUAGCAGAAUCAAAAAAUUUGUCGUGUGGUAUUUUGGGGGAAAAAGAACCAAGGCGAAAAAAAGAAACAAAACAGUUUUAUUGUUCAGUUCUAUUGGUUGUAUCAUUCUACUCUUCUGCCCAUUUAAACAGCAAAUGAAAUAAACUAACAAUUCACUCCGUU